AAUGUGGGCUGGAGCGGUCCUGCCGCGGUACCAGCCUCCAGCCCGUCGCCAAGACUGCUCCUGACUCAGGCGCGCCCACUGCUCGGUGGCAGGAGGGUCGGCAGAGCGUCAUGGCCUGCAUCCUGAAGAGAAAGUCUGUGAUUGCAGUGAGCUUCAUAGCAGCGUUUCUCUUCCUGCUGAUUGUGCGCCUUGUAAAUGAAGUGAAUUUCCCAUUGCUGCUAAACUGCUUUGGACAACCUGCUACAAAAUGGAUACCAUUCUCCUACACAUACAGGCGGCCCCUUCGAACGCACUAUGGAUACAUAAAUGUGAGGACGCAAGAGCCUUUGCAGCUGGACUGCGACCUUUGUGCCAUCGUGUCCAACUCAGGUCAGAUGGUCGGCCAGAAGGUGGGGAAUGAGAUAGAUCAGGCCUCCUGCAUUUGGAGAAUGAACAACGCCCCCACCAAGGGUUACGAAGAAGAUGUUGGCCGCAUGACAAUGAUUCGAGUUGUAUCCCAUACCAGCGUUCCUCUUUUGCUAAAAAGCCCUGAUUAUUUUUUCAAGGAGGCAAACACCACUAUUUAUGUGAUUUGGGGCCCUUUCCGCAAUAUGAGGAAAGAUGGCAAUGGCAUCGUUUACAACAUGUUGAAAAAGACUGUUGAUAUCUAUCCAAGUGCCCAAAUUUAUGUCACCACAGAGAAGCGCAUGAGUUACUGUGAUGGAGUUUUUAAGAAGGAAACUGGGAAAGACAGGUGAGUCC